AUGGUACGCCUAAAGAGUAGAUACAUCCUUUUCGAGGUGUUAUAUCCCGAAGCCGAUACGUUAGAUGGCACUUUGAAGGGGCGAGGUAACAAAGAUAUUUUGCUCCAACACCAUAGAGUCAGUCCUGGCCAGAUCACAACGAAAACCAUUAUAUAUGAGCUGCGAAGAGUUUUACAAUUCAACUUUGGUGAUUAUGGUGCUGGCAAAGUCAAUUCCUUGUUGCAAGUCAAAUACUUUUCAAACCGGACAUCGACAGGUAUCAUACGAUGCAGUAGGGAGGACUAUGAACUCGUCAUCAUAGCGCUUAUGCUCAUGAACAAAUUAGACGAAGUUGAAGGCCUAAUCAUAAACCCUGUCAAGGUAAGUGGUACUAUAAAAAGGAUAGAGCAACAUGCCAUUAGGAGAAAUGAAAGACUACUAGCUAUUAUUCAUGACAACAAGGAAAGAGCGACAGAACAUUUCGAUAGUAUAAGCGACGAUGACACUGAAGAUUGA